AUGGGAAAUUCUCUGGGGAAUCAUCGGGAUCCGUUAGGCGCCUCACUCUUUACUCUACGAUUUUUCGGCCUUUGGAGCUCCUUCGAUGAUUCUCAAACCAUCAAAAAAAUCGUGUAUCCCGUCUACAGCACGGUUAUGACGUCACUGAUUUGGAUUUUCAUCGGAACAAUGUUGGGGGAUUUAUUCUCCAAUCUUCAGGAUUUACUCAUAAUCACAGAUGAUGGUUGCUUUCUGGCAGGAAUAUCGGUCAUUGUCUUCAAGCACAUCAUAUUCCGCACUCGUCGUCGGGAAAUUAUAAAACUCAUUCAUGAAAUUUAUUGUCCUAUCGAUAAUCUUGCAAAAUCGUCAGAUGACGGAGUUCAAAUGCUAGUAAAAGUAUCUACAUUCUACGAUCAACUGCACUGCUACAGCUUCAUCGGCAUAGGCUGUUCUCUAGUACUAGCCCUCGUAACAAUAGUGCCAACAGAUAAUGGCAGCCUACCAAUAAGAGCAAAGUAUCCAUUCGAUUCAACGAUCUAUCCACUGCACAGUAUCGCCUUUGCGAUCCAAGCAGGUGCAGUCGCAACUGGUGUAGCUGGAAUCCUCGGUAUGGAUGGAGUAGUUACAAGCUUUUCUCGAUACAUCACACUGCAAUUAGAAAUCUUGGAUUCGAACUAUCGCCAUUGCCAAACGAAAUGGCCUCGUGGCGGUUUUCAUUCGUCUGUCGAAAAACGAAAGAAUCUUGUGACUGAAAUUCGUUGUUUUAUUCCUUUCAGUCCGAGGGAAGCGCACGAAGCGAACGAUUCAUUUGAGAAGCGUUUCAAGAUAUGUAUAAGGCACCAUCAGAGAAUCAUAAAUAUCGUCAACAAUGUCAAUGUUAUAUUUGGAUCCAGCAUGUUCUGUCAAUUAUUCGCCAGUUCCUCGAUGAUAUGUUUCACGGGAUUUCAAGCAGCUUUAGGCGCCAGAGGAAGCGCAAAUUUGAUCAAAUUCGCGAUGUAUUGCGGGACAGCAUUCUCUCAACUCCUCUCAUGGUGCUUGAUAGGAAAUAUGUUACUGCAUCAGAGUCUCACACUGACCGACAGCCAGUGGCAAUCGGGGUGGGAAGAUGAGCAAUAUUUCAACUUUGCGUAUUUAUUGAUUUUUGCGAUGGUUCGUGGCAAUAGAUGUCUGGAACUCAAAGCUAUCAAUUUCUAUUCGGUAUCGAUGGACACAUUUAUAGUGAUUCUGCGAGCGUCGUAUUCAUUUUUUACUCUUUUGGUGACCGUUGCGUGAUGCUAAAAGUAAUUGUAUGUAUGAG